UAUAUUUUUGAUUUCCAGAGGUUUAUAUCUGGGUGAAUGUCAGGGACUCCACACAUCCUGAGUCAGAGGACAAGGGAAAGGAGCUGAUGCUCUUUUUGUGUGAUUUCUAACGGAAGAUGAAUUUAGCAGAGAUUUGUGAUAAUGCCAAAAAAGGAAGAGAAUAUGCACUCCUUGGGAAUUAUGACUCUUCUAUGGUAUAUUACCAGGGUGUCAUCCAGCAAAUCCAGAGGCAUUGCCAGUCGAUCAGGGAUCCAGCAAUUAAGGGCAAAUGGCAGCAGGUUCGACAAGAAUUAGUUGAAGAAUAUGAACAAGUUAAAAGCAUUGUGAACACUUUAGAGAGUUUUAAAAUGGACAGACAUGCAGAUAUCCCUGUAUCCUGUCAAGAUGAGCCUUUUAGAGAUCCCGAUGUUUGGCCCCCUCCUGUUCCAGCUGAACACAGGGCUCCACCUCAGAUCAGACGUCCCAGCAAAGCUUUGAGGAAAGAAUCACCAGGAUUGCAGCCCCGUGGGCCUGUGGGCAGAGCACACAUGGUAUCCAAGGGCGAGAAGCCUGCAGGCAGCCGCGAAAGGGAAUCUAGAGCUAGAGGAAGAGAUGACAAGGGCAAGAAAAUACCCCAGGAAGUUGGUGAUGGGGAAAUUCCAAAAUUUGAUGGAGCAGGUUACGACAAAGACUUGGUCGAAGCUCUUGAAAGGGACAUCGUGUCAAGGAAUCCAAGCAUUCAUUGGGAUGACAUAGCAGAUUUGGAAGAAGCCAAGAAAUUAUUAAGAGAAGCUGUUGUUCUUCCAAUGUGGAUGCCUGAUUUUUUCAAAGGGAUUAGAAGACCUUGGAAGGGUGUGCUGAUGGUUGGUCCUCCUGGCACUGGCAAAACAAUGCUAGCAAAAGCUGUUGCUACAGAGUGUGGAACAACAUUCUUCAAUGUGUCUUCUUCUACCCUGACAUCUAAAUACAGGGGCGAGUCUGAGAAGCUGGUCCGCCUCUUGUUUGAAAUGGCGAGGUUUUACGCUCCAGCAACAAUCUUCAUUGAUGAGAUCGAUUCCAUCUGCAGCCGCAGAGGCACGUCUGAUGAGCAUGAGGCGAGUCGCAGAGUCAAGUCUGAGCUGCUUAUGCAAAUGGACGGGGUAGGUGGUGCUCUGGAAAAUGAUGACCCUUCCAAGAUGGUUAUGGUGUUAGCUGCUACAAAUUUUCCCUGGGAUAUUGAUGAAGCUCUCCGACGAAGACUAGAGAAGAGGAUUUAUAUACCUUUGCCCACAGCAAAAGGCAGAGCAGAACUACUUAAGAUUAAUCUUCGGGAAGUAGAGCUAGAUCCUGAUAUCAGCCUUGAAGAAAUUGCUGGGAAGAUUGAAGGCUAUUCCGGUGCUGACAUCACUAAUGUUUGCAGGGAUGCCUCUUUAAUGGCAAUGAGACGACGUAUUAACGGCUUAACUCCAGAAGAGAUUCGUGCACUUUCUAAAGAGGAGCUUCAAAUGCCGGUUACCAACGGGGACUUUGAGUUGGCUCUGAAGAAAAUCUCCAAAUCUGUUUCUGCUGCAGACCUGGAGAAGUAUGAAAAAUGGAUGGUGGAGUUUGGAUCUGCUUAAUCUCAGUGACAGAUCUCCAUUGCUAGAGUUUUAUGGGUUUUGUUGUUUUACCUUGCAAAAUGAGUUAGAAAUCUUUUACAGGUUUAAUAAAAGGUUUACCUCUGCCCCCAUCCCACAGCUUUAUGGUGACAUGAUCUUUUAAAAUCCAUUUGCCUUUAAAGGGAGUGAACACAGUACAAGCUGAUAUUGUAAAAAAUGUUUUAUCUCUGAAACAGUAAAAUAAGACAAACAGGAAGGGAAAAAUUAUACUUGUGAGGAUAAUCUUUUUAUUUUUCCAAUGAAGAGAAGUGUUACUUAACCUCCUCAUAGUCAUCUUUUAUGGCUGGAAUCAAUAAAUCAGCUGGGGGAUGUGACUCCAGAGGAGCUAACAAGGGCUUGCUAUACCCCCUGCUCUUAAGUGCUACAUUUCUGUUAAGCUGCUGACUCUGCCUCCAUAGAAUGUGGCAUUGAAGUUAACUGUUCUCUCUCUGCUCGGAUAUUCAGAGCAAAAUCUGUGGAUUAAUUGGCAUUACACAAGAGGAAAUGAGGAUCAGCUUUCCAUCAAGAUGUGGGCUUGGCUCUCCUCUCAUGUAUACCCGUUUGGAACUGAUGUCACUUCAGGAUGGAUUGAUGUUACCUGUGACAACUUCUGAUGGAAAUGAGAGGAAAAUGAUUGCUCUCAGUCUGGUUUAUGCUUGAUCUCUGAAAAUAGUUAUUACCAGUUUGACCAGUAGGCACUUUGACUAAAGUUAUGUCUUGCACUUUUAUGCUUAUGUAUCAUCCUUUGUGCUGUCUAGAUAUUAUAACUAUUAUUAUUAUUUAAGUACCAAGAGUUUAAUACAGUAACGACACUAAUAUCAAGGCUGUCUGUAAAACUUCUUGUUGUGGACUACCACUUCUGAUUAGACAUGAACUCUUUCCUAGCUUUACUAGGCAAUGGGGUUUGUACCUGUUCAUGUCGUAGAUCAGUUCAUGCUUAAUAUUUUUAAUGACGAUUUCUUAAACAUGUGUAAAUGUUAUUGAUUAUGGGGAAAAUAAUCUGUACAAUCUCAUUUGUGUGCUUACCUGUUUCUUCCUUUCCCUUGGACAAGUGCAGGAGUAAGAAGGGUUGGAUUAUAAAAUAGCAUGAGAAAUACUCUUUCUAGAGUAUAGCUGUCAUGCUGACUAUAUGAGCUUUUCACAGACUUGGGCUGCGAGUCUGAUAUAUGAAGGUUUCCAGUGAUAGGAAUGAGAAGGAGGUCAGAUUUACAGAGGAAUAUGCAAGUGCUCUUUUUUUUUUUUUUUUUGUGAUUUUGCAAGGUAGACCUGAAAUAUCUUGGAUUUGAGUUGCUGUGCAGUUUGGUAGGUACUCUGCCCUUUGGCUCUCUGCUGAGACUCCUAGUGGCAUAGCCAGAUGUGGCAAACUGGCGUGAGACAGCACCUCCUCUUGAAUGGGAGUAUAUCCUUGUUUGCUCCUUGUUGCUAGUUCUUGGAAGUUCCCAAUAAUGCCAGUAAUUGAGCACACUGGUCUCUUGGGCUAUGACAUGUGAACCACUAAGGCAAACGCUGCUCAAAUGUGUUUACUGUUCAGUAACAAGGACUAUCAGGGUAUGUGCCUGACAGGUCUGCAGCAUCUAUCUGAUUACACAAGCGACUUUCGAAGCUGUUUACCAUUGCUGCUUUGUCUCUCAAUACUCCUUUUUCUUUCCUUCUUUCUAUGUGAAGACCACAUCUCUGAUCCUGUCUUAUAAAGGGCUGCCCCAGUUUGCAUGUAGAAACAGCAUGGCGGUUCUGUCAGUUUUAUAUCUGACAUGAAACUUAGUCAGGGCUUUAGAAGCGUGUUUCAGUGUGGCACUCCAGAAAAAUAUCUUCUGGGGCCCCAGACUGGUUGGGACACAUCUACUGUUCACAUCUUUCCAAGGACAGAGUAUCUCUGCUGUCUAAUGUUAGGCCCUGUUACACAUCAUGUUAGUGCAGAAGGGACACCAGCUUUUUCCUUGUCACCUACAAGGAGAAUAAGAGCUUCUUUCCUGACCAGUUUGCACUAAAUGCACAGCAAAGCCCUUGGGAUUCACAGUACCUGUGGCUGUUAAACUGAAAGGAACAGUUCUCUGUGCACUGGAAGAUGAGCAAACAAAAGCUGUGUUGACUCUGUAAUUUUUGGACAAAUUCUUACCAGGGCUAGUCUCUUCCUCCCAGGGAAUGACUGGACCUAUAUAGAGAAAAGCUUUGAAAACAUUGCUGCAGCCUGACAUAUCUUCCAUAUGAAAGCUGGAGGCUGCAGCUGAUACUCUGUGUUUGAUUGUUUGUUUUACUGCAGUAGAAAUAGUAAAGCUAAGUGAAUCUUUUGUGGCCAGUACCAGAAUAGCUCUUCAGGGUCUAACACUAGAAAGGCCACUGCUGCCUGAGGUGCUUACUCUACACAAGCAAGAUCUAGAAGGGAAUAGACAUGAAUGCCAAGAAUUUGCCCUGUUUGGCAGCCCAUGAGCAGUGCCUGGGAUCCAGCAGUUACAUCUUAGGAAAGUUCAAGUACCAGUUUUCUCACUUUUUGUGCUGCAAGCAGCAGUGCCCUUCCUGCUGAUGAAAGCACAGCAUUUAUCAACUAUUUCAUUCCUCAGCUCUUUGAUGAACCUUCUACCUUAAGGCAUUAAACUCCCCUCUUGGAUGUUAAGCAAAAUUCACUGUAAUGGGCAUUCCCUCUAGUAGCAGUCAUUCAGGUGCUGCAGUCUUUUUCUGCAAAGGUCAUGAUUUCUAUCCAAAUACGCUUUUCCUGUACAGGUCAAUUCAUCCGUUACUGCUGCAGAGCAGGAAAAUUUUAAGUUUCCAGGCUGUAGAUGUUUAGAUGUACGACGGCUGUACUUGAGCAUUACACCUGGGCCCUGCUAGAUCAGGCAUCCCAGAAUACAGAGACCAUCCCUUCCCUGCCGAGGCUUUCCAGAGCAGGGAUCUGACUCGUAUCUUUACCAAGUCCCAGUGGUGCACUUAACCUAGAUGGGCUUGGAGACUGGGUUAUUAACUCAAGAGGGGAGCCAGCACUGGGGUGCAGCAAGGGAAGGAAGGUCAGACCAACAGGGGCAGCAACUCAAGGCCCUGGUUUGUUUCCCAGUGGUGGAAACCCUCAUGCAGGGAUGUUGGAUUCCUCAAAGAGCAGUGUAUGAACGUACCACAACCUGCUGUGACAAUCUGUUCUGUCUGUGUCUGUAUGUGUAUGGAGAUGCAAAUGCACAUGUGUGUAUGUGUAUAUAUACGCACACGUGUGGUGCCUCUGUAGUUUGUACCUAAAUUACAUAAACCCCAUGUUUUAAAGCUGUGUUUAAGUGUCUCUCUAAACAUCCUCUUGGGUGGCACUGUUAAUUUUUGUGCAGCAAGCAGUCUGGUUGUAUGAAGUAAUAAAUGUAUGUGUAGUCUGUUUGUCUC